UCCACUUUCUCUAAGCCAGCCCUUUCUUAACAACUUUUAUAUUUUUAUAAGUAAACGAAAAUGAUCAAGUUGAGAUGCAAAAAGUUCUUCAGAAGCAACUCAAAGGUUGCAAGUAGUAAUGCCGUCGUAGCAGAUACCAAAUUAGGUGGUGAAAUAAAAUGGGAAUUACGUCCAGGAGGUAUGUUGGUACAAAAGAGAGAAUGUGCAGAGAAUGAUGGAGAUUCAAUUAUCACACUUAGAGUCUCUACUGUAACUCAAUGGCAUCACAUUUCUAUACAACCAACUUCAUCUUUUGGAGAAUUAAAGAUGGUAUUGGCAAUGGUAACUGGUUUAGAACCAAAUGAGCAAAGACUAUUAUACAAAGGGAAAGAAAGAGAGGAUUGUGAAUACUUGCACAUGGUGGGGGUGAAAGACAAAGACAAAGUGUUACUCUUUCAAGAUCCAUCUAUCAAAGAGAGGAAACUUGCAACAAAUGGACAUGUCCAAGAUAUAGGAUCCACUUACCACACCAUUUGUGUCUAAUGAGUAACAUUAUUAGUGUGUGCAAUUUCUUGCCUUUUCUUUAAAAAACUAACCCCCUCAUCCCCCUCCACUCCCCUCCUCAUCAAGAAAAUGAGUGAUGAUGGAUCAAGAUUGGUGAUAAGUAUAUGCUCACCAACUUAGAUCGACUAGAUUAUGUGGUUGUUUUUAUGGUGUGUAAUGCCAAAUUUUAAUUUUAUAUGCCCUGGUAGCAUAUAUCAAAAUUCAAAAUUAAUGUGUAAUCUACUCCAGCAUCUCGAUUAGGUUAUCGAGUUUGUAAAUGUUUACUAUACUAAUUUUAAUUUUCUACUUUAA